AUGGUUCUUUCAAGAAUUGCCCGUGUUGCUCCCCGGGCUGCCCCUUCAUUGAGGUCGUUUGUCAGGCCUAAUGUCACUCGCCCUACACUAUCCGCCUUCUCGCGGUUCAACUCCUCUGAACCCAAGGUUCAGGGUCAGGUUAUCGGUAUUGAUUUGGGUACAACCAACUCUGCCGUCUCCGUAAUGGAGGGAAAGGUUCCCCGCGUCAUUGAGAACGCCGAGGGUGCCCGUACCACCCCCUCAGUUGUCGCUUUCACUCAGGACGGCGAGCGUCUCGUUGGUAUCGCGGCCAAGCGUCAGGCUGUUGUCAACCCCGAGAACACCCUCUUCGCCACCAAGCGUCUCAUCGGUCGUAAGUUUACCGAUCCUGAGGUCCAGAAGGAUAUCGCCCAGGUCCCCUUCAAGAUUGUCCAGCACACCAACGGGGAUGCCUGGGUUGAGGCCCGUGGCCAGAAGUACUCUCCUUCGCAGAUUGGAGGUUUCAUCUUGCAAAAGAUGAAGGAGACCGCCGAGGCCUAUCUCAGCAAGCCCGUCAAGAACGCCGUCGUCACUGUUCCCGCUUACUUCAACGACUCCCAGCGUCAGGCUACCAAGGAUGCCGGUCAGAUUGCUGGAUUGAACGUUCUCCGUGUCGUCAACGAGCCCACUGCUGCCGCUCUUGCCUACGGUCUUGAGAAGGAUGCUGACCGUAUUGUUGCCGUCUUCGAUCUUGGUGGUGGUACUUUCGAUGUCUCCAUUCUUGAGAUCCAGAAGGGUGUGUUCGAGGUCAAGUCCACCAACGGUGACACCCAUCUCGGUGGUGAGGACUUUGACAUUACCCUUGUUCGCCACCUUGUCCAGCAGUUCAAGAAAGAGUCUGGCAUUGAUCUUUCUGGCGACCGCAUGGCCAUUCAGCGUAUCCGUGAGGCAGCUGAGAAGGCCAAGAUGGAACUCUCAUCUGCUCUCCAGACCGAUAUCAACCUUCCUUUCAUCACUGCUGAUGCCUCCGGCCCCAAGCACAUCAACCAGAAGCUCACCCGCGCCCAGUUCGAGGCUCUCGUCGACCCUCUCAUCCAGAAGACCAUCGAGCCUUCCCGCAAGGCUCUUAAGGAUGCUGGCCUCAAGGCUUCCGAGAUCCAGGAGGUUAUCCUUGUCGGUGGUAUGACCCGUAUGCCCAAGGUUGCCGAGACCGUCAAGAGCGUUUUCGGACGUGACCCCGCCAAGUCUGUCAACCCCGACGAGGCCGUCUCCAUCGGUGCCGCCAUCCAGGGAGGUGUCCUCGCCGGUGAGGUCAUGGACGUUUUGUUGCUCGACGUUACCCCCUUGUCUCUCGGUAUCGAGACCCUCGGUGGUGUCUUCACCCGUCUGAUCAACCGCAACACCACCAUCCCCACCAAGAAGUCCCAGGUCUUCUCCACCGCCGCCGACUUCCAGACCGCCGUCGAGAUCAAGGUCUACCAGGGAGAGCGUGAGCUCGUCCGCGACAACAAGCUCCUCGGAAACUUCCAGCUUGUCGGAAUCCCCCCUGCCCACCGUGGUGUCCCCCAGAUUGAGGUCACCUUCGACAUUGACGCCGAUUCCAUCGUCCACGUUUCCGCAAAGGACAAGGCCACCAACAAGGACCAGUCCAUCACCAUUGCCUCCGGCUCUGGUCUCUCAGACUCUGAGAUCCAGACCAUGAUUGACGAUGCCGAGCGUUACCAGGCCGCCGACAAGGACCGCAAGGACGCCAUUGAGGCUGCCAACCGCGCUGACUCUGUCGUUAACGACACUGAGAAGGCCCUCAAGGAGUUUGAGGACAAGCUUGACAAGUCUGAGGCCUCUACCAUCAAGGAGAAGAUCACUUCCCUCAGGGAGUUGGUUGCCAAGGCCCAGUCCGGUGAGGGUGGUGUCACCGCUGAGGAGCUCAAGGCCCAGACCGAUGCCGUUCAGACCGCGUCUUUGACCCUCUUCGACAAGAUGCACCGUGCCAGAUCUGAGCAGCAGAACGCUCCCCCCGCCGAUGAGGCCAAGCCUGAGGGCGAGAAGAAGGAGUAA